AUGACCGACGAAAAUGGCGUCCCAGAAAAUUCCGAGGACGAAUCGGCUGCUUAUGUGGAGAACGGAGCGCUGCCAGUGGGAACGUCGGAGUUGGAGCAGGAGAUCAAAGAGUUAGAGAGGUUGCUACGAAUAGAGCGGGAGGAACGGCGGAGGAUUCAGGCUGAGGCGCAGGAUGAAAUGGAGCGAGAGCUGCACUCAGUGGAAGAACGUUGGAUGGAGCGGACACGUAACACCAUCAAAGAGCGGGAUUCUCUUUUACAAAAAAUGCAACAGCUCGAAGAACAAGUAGAUUCGCUCCGCGCAGAUCUGAACAGGGCGGUUGCCUAUCGGCUCGAAGUGGAAGAGUCCAGAAAUCGAAUGAAAAGUCAGUUGGAAAGUGUGCAACGGGACUACGAAGAAACGAUGGCGGAAAGGAGCAGUGUGCUGGAGGAGAACACCAGAAUGAGCGAGGAACGAGAUCGACUUCGACAGACAGUGCACGCUUUGUCGCGGACGCUUAACGAACUCAGAGGCAGAGCGCACAACGACGACGAGCUGCAGAACAUUUCAAACCGCCUCGAGCACACAAGACGACUUCUACAGUUGAACAUGGAGGAGACAGCUUCAGCAAACGAGAAGCGGACGGAAGCCUUGGAAAAGGUGGAGAAGCUGAGAAUGGAAUGCACAAGAUUGGCCGAGGAGCGGGACGCGGCUAUCAGAGAGGCUAGAGCUGCAGAUGCUGAACGGGACGACCUCCUGCAUCGGUUGAGAGAACUCGAAUGCGAGAAAGAGCCUAUCACCGACCUCUGGAACACUCACACCAUCGAAGUGGCGUUGCCCUAUCCGAAACCUAACUUGGGAAUUGUGCUCAGUGGUGGACGAACGGAGGAUCGGUGCGCCAUACCUGCUCCCAUUUACGUCAAGGACGUACUAAUCGGCUCACCGCUGGAAAACAUGCUGAAACGUCUCGAUCACAUUCUCAUGGUUAAUGAUAUCGAUGUAAUGGAUAUGGAUCAACGCAGCGUGAUCGACAUCCUAAAGAACAGCCAUCAUCUCAAGAUGCUGAUCAGAAGAAGAGCAAACGCUUCCAGUAUUCAUGAGAUCACAUUCAGUUCUAACCAAGAUAUUGGAAUCGAACUGGGCAACGGUGUCUUUGUAAACGCCGUUGACUCGGGCGGAGUUGCAAGUCGAGUUGGGGUGGAACCUGGCCACCGUAUCGUGCACGUGAACAACGUGCCCGUCUACGACGCUAAGCACGCAGAGCAGCUCAUCAGAUUUGGGAGUGGUCAGGUUGUCGUUGGUCUCCUCGAUGGAAAAAAACGACCCGAUCCUUUUUCGAAAGAUCAAUCUAAGCAGAAAGUGACACUUUUCUCGAAGAUAUUUGGACGUCAAUCAGGAGAUAAGUCACGAGUGGUCGCUAAGGCCAACAUAGGAAAUGCGUCUGGUGAGCCAGUUUUUUUUCGCCAGGGCUCUUUAAGAAUUCCUAACCAGCAACAUGUCUCACCAGAACUUGUCAGAUAUGGAUCUCUAAGGGCUCCACAAGGAAGCGCUGAACAUGCAAAGAUUGUCGAGCAACUCGACCAUUUCUUGAACAAGAAUCAUGGAUUGAGAUCUUCUGUGAUUUGUGAAGCCACGGGAAGUACAUGGCCGAAGUCUGUGCCUUUCCUGGAGGAGCAAUCUAUUCCUAUUCGACGACGACUUCAUCGUCCUUCGGUGUUUCCAGUUUUUGCCCCUCAAAACCAUCAUGGAAACCCAAGACUGACCAGGCAACCGUCCGAGGUGUCGUCGACUCGCUGCGGCUGCUCAUCGCAGUCAUCGGCUUGGUCACCUCGUUCCACACGAGAAUCCUUUCCAUCAGAUGGACGUUUACCGGAUGGAAGAACUUUAAAAUCCCCGGCUCCUACAACUACAUCUUUUACUCACACGCACCGAGUGUCGGCGUAUAGCCCGGCUCUCCCUCAGCCUCCUCCAUACCCGGGUCCCAGAGAAGAAUCCAUAUCCUCUUUAAUAUCUUCAACUAAUUCAAUCCCACAUCCAAGCACAAGCUCGGUUCACCUCGCCUAUCACAAUCAUGCGAACAAUUCUCCAUCAGGGACGCUGCUUUCGGAGUCUUCCGAUAAGGUGCGCCGUGUGUGUCUCAGCAAAGAAGGCAAUGAGUUCGGUCUCGGCUUGGAAAAUUCGGACAGAGGUGUCGUGAUAUCAAACGUGCCGGGAAGAGCGAAUGGUUUGGUGAGAAGAGGAGACCGACUGCUCGAUGUUGGUGGUAUCAACAUGAGAUCUGCUGAUAAAGAAGCCGCGAAUAAAGUUCUCAAUCAGUUUGGCGUCAGUCAGGAUGAGGUUACACUGCUCGUAAGUGGUUCGGCAAAUCCGCGCUGGGUGACGGUGCCAAGAAAAUGCGUGAGGCUUUGCGGAGGAAAUGCAAUGGGAAUCUUGUCGGAUGCUGCAGCCGGAGAACUGCAGGAAGGUGAUCUGAUACUAGAAAUCGAUGGAUACAAUGUACGCGGAGCAACACUAGAAGAAGCGACUGAAGCGCUUCUUGAAAGUUUGUCCGAGAUGGCUGAGCUUCACGUUGAGGACGGAGGAGACCGCCUGAAUCGGUUACGUCUUGGUGCUGACGGAGACUCGUUCUAUGUUAGGAUCAAUGUUGAUCGGAACAGCGAGAACAAGGAUGAGCUGGACAUCAAAGCGGGUGAAAUAGUGUUCGUUGAUAACACAAUGUUUAUGGGACAACGCGGAAAGUGGAGAGCCUGGAAGGUGGACCGAGAAGGACGACAGCGCGAAAACGGCAUCAUACCUUCUGCAACCCAAAUGGAGCGAAGUGAUAUCAAAGGAAAGAAGGCAAAGAAUCGCAUGACUCUAACGCGGCCGAUUUAUGAGCGCGUAGAGAAAGUGUCUUCUUCAAAACGAAGGCCUGUCGUACUUUUCGGCCCACUUCUCACUCCCAUUAUACAGACGCUUCUGGAUGAUUCCAGCAGGUUCUCUCAUUGCGUGCCAGAAUGCCGUGCUCUGCAAUCGAUGGAAGUUGAACGACUUCUCGCAAGUUGCGAACUUAUCGAAGCCAAGAGACGAGAAACUUUGUAUGACGUCAUCACCGCUCCAGCGAUUCACCAUUUCGCCGAGUUGGGUGUACAUUGUAUCGUAGACGUCUCACCCAGUGGAAUUCAACGUCUCCAUACUCUUCGUAUUUAUCCUAUAGUUAUUCGUGUCAAGUUCAAAUCACCAAAACAGAUUAAGGACGUCAAGGAGGACUUUUGCGGAGAAAAAAUCACAACGAAACAAGCAAAGGAUCUCAUGGAUAAGAACUUAGCCGUUGAGAAGGAACUGGAGGCAAUGAACUGCUCCGCCUCCGUUGUGAUUGUGACAUCGCAAGGCCCCGCUAGAGGAGUAGUGAAGCAGGUUUGUCAACAGAUUGUGACACUGAUAGAGCAUGAACAAAAGAAGACGAUAUGGAUGACAACACCACAAUAG